GCUAAAAAAAGCCCUAACUUGUCUCUUCCCCAUAGCUUUACAGAUGUGUAGCCUCCGGUUGUCGUCAAGCCUCUCAUCAGUUUGAAGUUUUAGUUUUCACCUUCGAAACUCACUCGGUUUGAAGCCAAAGCUUUCGUCAUCGAUUUAAAUUCUCGGUGUCGAUUUCUUUCUCUGCAAAUAAAGAUGAAUCGUAGUUGGAUGUAUAAAAUGACUAAUUUUGGUCGAAUGGGGCUAAGACCUGAAUUUGUAGAAGGCGUCACUGAUUUUGUGGAGUAUGCAAAGACACUAGAACUUUUUCAACGUAAUGGUGUGCUUAAGUGUCCUUGUAAUAAAUGUCAAUGUUUGAAUUAUGAAAAACAAGAUAUUGUUAAGGGCGAAGGAUCCAAGAUUUAAGCAAAUGAGUGAGAUCGGUAAGAAGGCUAGACCAUCUACUAAGGGUGGUUCUCUACACACAAGUGGGUCUCAAAGUCAAGGAAGUAUGAGGAGGAAAUUGGAAAAGGAACUAGGAAGAUUGGUAACUCAGACUGAGGCAUUCAAGGUAACACACAUAAGAAAGAAGAAAAAUCUUGAAGAUCUAGACGUGUGGGUUGAGCCGCGAGCUGAAUUGACCUAUAAUCGAUAUCUUCAAGUUUUGGAGGAUUUACGACAAACUUAA